AUGUAUGCUGCCUCUACACCCAGGGGCAUCCGGCACAACCUUUCCUGGGAUGUCCAGGCGCUGGGCUUUCUGUCUGGAUCGCCACCCCCACCCCCUGCCCUCCUCCACUGCCUGAGCACGGGUGUGCCUCUGCCCAGGGCUUCCCAGCCCUCAGCCCACAUCAACCCUCGCCAACGGCGAGCCAUCUCUGUGGAGGCCCUCUGCGAGAACCACUCAGGCCCAGCGCCACCCUACAGCAUUUCCAACUUCUCCAUCCACUUGCUCUGCCAGCACGCCCAGCCUGCCACCCCGCAGCCCCCUCCCAGCACCGCUGCCGUCUGCCAGACAGCCAUGUGGUAUGCAGUGUCAUGGGCACCAGGUGCCCAGGGCUGGCUACAGGCUUGCCAUGACCAGUUUCCUGAUCAGUUCCUGGAGGCAAUAUGUAGCAACCUCUCCUUUUCAGCCCUGUCUGGUCCCAAUCGCCGCUUGGUAAAGCAGCUCUGUGCUGGCCUGCUCCCACCCCCCACUAACUGUCCUGAAGGCCUGCCCCCUGCUCCCCUCACCCCAGAGGUCUUCUGGGGCUGCUUCUUGGAGAAUGAGACUCUGUGGGCUGAGCGGCUGUGUGGAGAGGCAGGUCUGCAGGCUGUGCCCCCCAGCAAUCAGGCUUGGGUUCAACAUGUGUGCCAGGGCCCUACCCCAGAUGUCACUGCCUUCCCACCCUGCCAUGUUGGACCUUGUGGGGAACGCUGUCCAGAUGGAGGCAGCUUCCUGAUGAUGGUCUGUGCCAAUGACACCAUGUACGAAGCCCUGGUGCCCUUCUGGCCUUGGCUAGCGGGCCAGUGCAGGAUAAGUCGAGGGGGCAAUGACACUUGCUUCCUAGAGGGGCUACUUGGUCCUCUUCUACCCUCUCUGCCACCACUGGGACCAUCCCCCCUGUGCCUGGCCCCAGCUCCCUUCCUGCUUGGCAUGCUAUCCCAGUUGCCACGCUGUCAAUCCUCUGUGCCAGCCCUUGCCCAUUCCACACGCCUGCACUAUCUCCUGCGCCUGCUGACCUUUCUCCUGGGUCCAGGGGCCGGAGGGACCGAGGCCCAGGGAAUGCUGGGUCAGGCCUUGAUGCUCUCCAGUCUCCCAGACAACUGCUCCUUCUGGGAUGCCUUCCGCCCAGAGGGCCGGCGUAGUGUGCUGCGGACAGUUGGAGAGUACCUGGAACGGGAGGAACAGCUGACCCCACCGGGCUUUGAACCCACUGCCAGUCCCAGCUCCGGUAUAACCAAGAUGGAGCUGCUGGCCUGCUUCAGCCCUGUGCUAUGGGACCUGCUCCAGAGGGAGAAGAGUGUUUGGGCCCUGCAGAUUCUAGUGCAGGCAUACCUGCAUAUGCCACCAGAAAAUCUCCAGCAGCUGGUGCUCUCAGCAGAGAGGGAGGCUGCUCAGGGCUUCUUGACGCUCAUGCACCGUUCCUGGGCCCAGCUGCAGGUACCACCAUCAGAGGAGCAGGCCCUGGGUCGCCUGACCGCCCUGUUGCUCCAGCGGUACCCACGCCUCACCUCCCAGCUCUUCAUUGACCUGUCACCACUCAUCCCCUUCUUGGCUGUCUCUGAUCUGAUGCGCUUCCCACCAUCCCUGUUGGCCAAUGAUAGUGUCCUGGCUGCCAUCCGGGAUUACAGUCCAGGAAUGAGGCCUGAACAGAAAGAGGCUCUUGCAAAGCGACUGCUGGCCCCUGAGCUAUUCGGGGAAGUGCCUGCCUGGUCUCAGGAGCUACUGUGGGCAGUGCUGCCCCUGCUUCCCCACCUCCCUCUGGAAAACUUUCUGCAGCUCAGCCCUCAUCAGAUCCAGGCCUUAGAGGAUAGCUGGCCAGCAGCAGGUCUUGGGCCAGGGCAUGCCCGACAUGUGCUACGAAGCCUGGUGAACCAGAGUGUCCAGGAUGGAGAGGAGCAGGUACGCAGUGCCAGCUUCUGUGACCACAUGAAGGCCAGCUUCGAUGCCCUUCUCAGGCUGGGGCCCCUCGCCUGUUUCCUGAGUCCAGAGGAGCUGCAGAGCCUGGUACCCUUGAGUGAUCCAAUGGGGCCAGUAGAACGGGGGCUGCUGGAAUGUGCGGCCAACGGGACCCUCAGCCCACAAGGACGGGUGGCAUAUGAACUCCUGGGAGUGUUACGUUCAUCUGGAGGAGCUGUGCUGAGCCCCCUGGAGCUGCGAGUCUGGGCCCCUCUCUUCCCUCAGCUGGGCCUCCGCUUCCUGCAGGAGCUGUCAGAGCCCCAGCUUAGAGCUAUGCUUCCUGCUCUGCAGGGAACCAGUGUCACACCUGCCCAGGCUGUUUUACUGCUUGGGCGGCUCCUCCCUAGGCAUGAUCUUUCCCUGGAGGAACUCUGCUCUUUGCACCCUCUGCUGCCAGGCCUCAGCUCCCAGACACUCCAGGCCAUCCCUCGGCGAGUUCUGAUUGGGGCUUGUUCCUGCCUGGCCCCUGAACUAUCACGCCUCUCAGCCUGCCAGACCGCAGCGUUGCUGCAGACCUUCCGGGUGAAAGACGGAGUUAAAAACAUAGGUACAACAGGUGCCAGCGCAGCUGUGUGUAUCCCUGGUCAGCAGCCCAUCCCCACCACUUGGCCAGACUGCCUGCUUCCCUUGCUCCCACUAAAGCUGCUGCAGCUGGACUCCGCAGCUCUUUUGGCUAACCGAAGGCGCUACCGGGAUCUGCCCUGGUCUGAGCAGCAGGCACAGUUUCUCUGGAAGAAGAUGCAAGUGCCCACCAACCUGACACUCAGGAAUCUUCAGGCUCUGGGCACCCUGGCAGGGGGCAUGUCGUGUGAGUUUCUGCAGCAGAUCAACUUGAUGGCAGACUUCCUUGAAGUAGUGCACAUGAUCUAUCAGCUACCCACUGGGGUUCGAGGGAGCCUGAGAGCCUGUAUCUGGGCAGAGCUACAGCGGAAGAUGACCAUGCCAGAGCCAGAGCUGGCAACCCUGGGGUCAGAACUGAGUGGGCUAGACACCAAGCUACUUCUGGAUUCACCGAUCUAUUUGAUGGAUAGACUGUCCAAUGAAUCUAUUAUGUUGAUGGUGGAGCUGGUACGAAGAGCUCCAGAGCAGCUGCUGGCACUGACCCCACUCCACCGGGUAGCCCUGGCAGAGAGGGCACUACAAAACUUGGCUCCAAAGGAGACAACAGUCUCAAGGGAAGUGCUGGAGACCUUAGGUCCCUUGGUUGGAUUCCUGGGGAUAGAGAGUACACGACGGAUCCCCCUACCGAUCCUGCUGGCCCAUCUCAAUCAGCUGCAGGGCUUCUGCCUAGGAGAGCCAUUUGCCACAGAGCUGGGAUGGCUCCUAUCACAGGAGCCUAUUCUGGGGAAGCCAGAGUUGUGGAGCGAGGGUGAAGUAGAGCAAGCUGGACGCCUAGUACUCACUCUGUCUACUGAAGCUAUUUCCUUGAUCCCCAGGGAAGCCUUGGGCCCAGAGACCCUGGAGCGGCUCCUGGAGAAACAGCAGAGCUGGGAGCAGAGCAGAGUUGGACAGCUAUGUGGGACGCCACAGCUUGCUCCCAAGAAAGCAGCCUUGGUAGCUGGGGUUGUACGACCUACUGCAGAAGAUCUCUCAGAACCUGUGCCAAAUUGUGCAGAUGUACGGGGAACAUUCCCAGCAGCCUGGUCAGCAACCCAGAUUGCAGAGAUGGAGCUCUCAGACUUUGAGGACUGCCUGGCAUUAUUUGCAGGAGACCCAGGACUUGGUCCUGAAGAACUACGGGCAGCAAUGGGCAAGGCAAAACAGUUGUGGGGUCCUCCCCGGGGAUUCCGUCCUGAGCAGAUCCUGCAGCUGAGUCGGCUCUUAAUAGGUCUAGGAGAGCGGGAACUACAGGAGCUGAUCCUAGUGGACUGGGGAGUGCUGAGCACCCUGGGGCAGAUAGAUGGCUGGAGUUCUAUCCAGCUCCGAGUUGUGGUCUCCAGUUUCCUGCGGCAGAGUGGCCGGCAUGUGAGCCACCUGGACUUCCUUCACCUGACUGCACUGGGUUACACGCUGUGUGGACUUCGGCCAGAGGAGCUACAGCAUAUCAGCAGUUGGGAAUUUAGCCAAGCAGCUCUCUUCCUGGGCAAUCUGCAUCUCCAGUGUUCUGAGGAGCAACUGGAAGUUCUGGCCCAGCUCCUUGUGCUGCCUGGUGGUUUUGGCCCUGUCAGCAACUGGGGGCCUGAGAUCUUCACUGAAAUUGGCACAAUAGCAGCAGGGAUCCCAGACCUGGCUCUUUCAGCACUGCUGCAGGAACAGAUCCAGGGUCUUACCCCUCUUGCUAUUUCUGUCAUCCCUGCUCCUAAAUUUGCUGUGGUGUUCAGCCCCACCCAGCUAUCUAGUCUCACAAGUGUUCAGGCUAUGGCUGUCACUCCUGAACAAAUGGCCUUUCUGAGUCCUGAGCAGCGACGAGCUGUUGUAUGGGCCCAGCAUGAAGGGAAGGAGAGCCCAGAACAGCAGGGUCGAAGCACAGCCUGGGGCCUUCAGGACUGGUCACAACCCUCCUGGGCCAUGGCAUUGACCAUCUGCUUCCUUGGCAACCUGAUAUGAACCUGUCUCUACAGUUAAAGAGAGAGAUUAUUGAGAAAGAAACUUUAAUAAAGUGCAAAUGGAAACGCA